ACCAGGACGGCGGCGUGAUGAGUCCGCCGCCGCCGCAGGGCUCUCUGCCCGGGACGUCGGUGGUGUCGCCGGCCAACACCCUCAUCAGCCUCAUGUCGCCGCCCUCCGCCAACUCCCCGCUGGCCAACAAUCCGCAGUUCGGGCCGCAGCAGGUGGCCGUCAAGGAGUGGCAUCUGCAGGUGGUCGGCGCCGACGGCCGCUCCAGCACCGACUCCCUGCGCAACCAUCUCAUCCACAAACUAUAUAUGCAUUUAGACACGAUGUAAGUACGCAGCAUCCGAAGAAAAAAAAAGACUUCCUCGGGCCCAGCAUCUGGGACAAGCCCAACCCCUACGAAUCCAUGGCCGCGGUGGGGGGCCCGCACGACUUCAAGCUGGAGUACAUGGACCUCGACGAGUUCCUCUCCGAGAACGGACUGGGCGGGCCCGCCCAGGGCACCAGUACCGGCGGCCACCACGGUGUGGCCGGCCUGGGCAGUCCGCACGGCGGGUCGGCCUGCUCCAGUCCCAACCAGACGCACAUGGGCGGCGGGGCCGGCGAGGACAACAAGGUCAGCAGUUCCACCGGCUCCAAGGAGCGCGAGUCCCCGGGAGAAGAUCUCCCCGGCGUGCCGCACGUCCUCAACAAAGACUCCCUGCACAUGGGACCCGACAUGAAUGGCGAUAUGGCCAUGGCCCCCGUACCCGGCUCCACGGUGAACUUUGACCCGCGGCGCCGCCGGUUCAGUGAGGAGGAGCUGAAGCCGGCGCCGAUGGUGAAGAAAUCCAAGAAGCAGUUCGUGCCCGACGAGCUGAAGGACGAGAAGUACUGGGCGCGUCGGCGGAAGAACAAUCUGGCGGCGAAACGCUCGCGGGAUGCCCGGCGCAUCAAGGAGAACCAGAUCGCCAUCCGGGCGGCCUACCUCGAGAAGGAGAACCACAAACUGCGCGAACAGCUCGAUAAACUCACCCGCGACAACAUGGUCAUGCGCGAGAAGCUGGCCGCGUCGGCCAAGAUGGAUUUGGGCAAGAACAGUGCACACUGAGGACACAUGCCAGCCUCUCCGCGUUUUCAUACUGCUGAGGAAAUCAUUUUACCAAAGUUUUUCUAAUGGGCCUUAAAAUGUACCGAAUGUCAGUGUUCUUUGAGCCGCCGCCGCAGUUUGCCGUGUGGUUGUGUUUUUAUUCGGAGUGUUGUCGACGUACCAACACACGUACCCACUCUUCCCGUUUUCCCCCGCGAACGCUAAUUGCCGAGACGGACUAAUUGUUUUUGUACAAAUAAUAAUUUUCGGGAGAAGCGCGCUCUCCUCUUGUGUUUUUUCCUGCGUGGACGGCGUUGGAGCUGUGUGCGGGAAGUGGAUCACUCUGGUGUGAGGCAGGAUGGAGUCCAUGUUUUUUGUUACUUUGGGAAAAUCGUUCUGCACCGGUCGGCUGAAUACUGGGUGUAUUCGGCCGCCGCUGAAACAAGUAUUACCAUGAUCUCAGUAGACGUCGAUGGCGACGUGUUUGCUGCCGCUACAGCGUGGUUUAAUGUGAAACCGGUGUCCGUGUCUUUUUCUGUUUUUUUUGGUGUUUGUAAUGUAAUGUUGGCAUAAUAUACCGGUAAUACAGUAUAAUUAUACGGCGCUUUAUUCUGUCUUCUUUUUCUGGCCACUUUUU